UUGUCAAAAAAUUCAAAAGAAAGUGAAAAUUUAUGAUGAAAAAUUUGUCGAGUUUUCAUUAUUAUUGCAUCUUAAAUGCAAUUUUCAGUUUAGUUAUGUGAAUAUUUGGUUUUCAGGACCAUCUCACUAACGAGUAUUCCGUCAAGUCGUCCGUUUCACCUUUUAGAAUGGCAUCUGUUUUGAAUUCGAAGGCGAAAUUUUAUCAGUUCGAUUCCCAAGGAAAUGAAAGAUUUCAAGAACAAAUUCAAUCCGAAGCUGAUAUUUUUAUUAAGAAAUUAUCUCAGAAACAACGUGAUACCGAUGUCAAUCUUGAAAAAUGUUUAAAUACUGAAAAACAGUUCGAAUUAUCUCACACUUUUAAACCACUCACUGAGACAUCUACUGGAACUCUGAACUUCGAAGAUUUUAAACAGUUAUCCGCUGAUUUAGAACAAAAGAAAGACUGCCCUGCAGAUAGCUCUGCUCCUGAACAAACGAAUAAGCGGAUUAGCAGACAUGUUCGAGAAUUAGCCCUCGCCGUCAAACCUAAUAGCUUGGAAACUAAACUGCUCGAAUUUGCUAUAUCCUGCAAUGCAAUUGGAGAAAUCUCAGAAGAUUCACGACCACCAGAACAUCCUAUCAAUCAGCUGGAUAAAAUUGAAAAUGAAUUAUUCAGUCAUUUAUCUUUACCCAAUAAUCCGGAAAAAACUGCCAAAACCAUUUUACGAAAAAGAAAACAGCUGUUAGAAGCUGUUUCUGAACCAUUUGGGCCUGAGAAAAUCGAAGAUCCUCCUCGAGAAAAAACAUUGUGGGAUGUUACCGAGGUGCCAACUUCGUGUAAGAAGACGUGUACCACAAAAGUUUACUCUUGCAAACCAGGUCCAAAAAAAUUAUUCACGAUAAAAGGUGGAAAAAUCGUCGAAAUUAAAAAUGAGAACGACUCGAGUGAAAAAGUCAAUAAAGUGGAUAAGAAAUCGUUGCCAUUCAUAUCUAUUGAUUUAGAGAAAAAUGAUGGUCUGGAAACACGUUCAAAAUUAUCUGAAGAAGAAAUAAGAAAAAUUCCGAAAUUUCACAAUUACGAAAAAGGAACACCAUCGAAGGUGCUUUAUUUGAAAAAUCUGUCCUCUUCUGUCUCAGAGAAAGAUUUGGUUAAAUUAUUUUCGAAAUAUCAAGAACCAGGCGAAUCUAGAAUUAUUUAUAAAUUGAUGCAGAAGGGUAAAAUGCGAGGUCAAGCAUUUAUUCAUUUUUCUAAUAUUGCAACUUCUACUAGAGCUGUGGAAGAACUCAAUGGUACCAUGUUGAACGAUAAACCAAUUAUCAUCCAUUUUGGCCGGACAAACACGUAAAUUUGUGAUUUAAUGUUAUUCAUUAAGUACAUAUUUUAAUCAUUUGGCUGUGAUUAAUUUACAAAAUUUUAAUAAAAUACCUACCUACAGAA